AUGUCGCCGGGACACUGGCUCAUGAAAGCCGAGCCUGACUCGCGCGUCGUGAAGGGCAAGGACGUCAAGUUCAGCGUGGACGAUUUUGAGAACGUGAAGACGACGCCUUGGGAGGGCGUCAGGAAUGCCGAGGCGCGGAACUUGAUGAAGGAGAUGAAGGAAGGGGAUCAAGUACUGUUCUAUCAUUCCAAUUGUAAGGUUCCAGGCAUCGCGGCCUUCGCGGAGACACGCGAACUUCCACCCACAGACACCGCUUGGGACCCAUCACAUCCGUAUUACGAUCAGAAAACCGACAAGGAGAAGCCUAAAUGGUAUAUGGUCGAUGUGACCUUCGUCUCCCGUGCAGCGCACUUCAUCCCACUUGCACUCCUGCGGAAGAUAUCCCUCGUAUCCGAGGAUGAUGUCCCAGAGGAGGUAGCUUACAUCGGGGAGGAAGGUGUGAAGUCCAUCAAACAGAUGGCGCUAGUAACCCGCGGCCGGCUCAGUGUGCAGAGAGUGGACGAGAAAACGUGGGACGUGAUACAACAAAUGGCAGACAAGGGUGGCUGGGACGCAGACACAGUCACACGGAGCAAAGCGAAAGCUAGACCUGCACCUGCGGGGAAGAAUCGAAAGACCAAGAGUACUGCUAGGAGGAGUCGGCAAGCUCGUGAGGAUGAAGACGAAGGGGAUGGCGCAGAAGAUGCUCCAGACGAACAGCAAAUAGAGAAACCAACCACUAAGAGCCAGGGUCGGAAGAGGAAGGCAGAGGAAGACCAUGACGAAGCGGCUGCAAAGUCCAAUCCGCGGCGGUCGACUCGGGCCCGAAAGUGAUCUGCGGACCUGCAUGCCCAUGUAUUCUGACUGAUUUCUCUGGUCCUCUGCUCGCUGUCUCACAUUCUUGCGUAUAUGUGUACAACAUUGUCUGUCUAGGUUAACUACUCCCUUUUGCGCUGCUCUCUGGUAUGAGAACGGACUUGUACACAUGAAGCUGGGUCUCGGGUUCUACACUACCUCCUUGGUCCGUUCCUCACCUCCAGGGUUUGCUUCUGCCUUGCCCGCCUGUUCUGCUCCUUCUAUCUCUGUCGCACCCGCGACCAUCUCGUCCUCAUCACCCUCCUCAUUACCCGCUUCGCUCACUCUGCUUGCCUUUCCCCCUCUCCUCCGUCCCUCAGUAG